CUUUCAGCGCGAAGCUGGAUAACACUACUUCAGACUUUCAGGAACAACCACACAAGGAGAAAUUAUCGGCUUUUCCCGCGAUUUUAGUCAGUUUUGGAAAUACUAGCGUUGACACGCUGCUUUCAGGCCUCAUGUGACCUAACAUGAGGCGUAUUGUUGUAAAAGUUUGAGGUGACGGACACGGACAGUGCCAGUUUGUGGCUGUCACGCAGGCACGCGGGCUCGCGCUGGUCAGCGAGAACGCGCCCAGGUCCCAGUCUGUUAGAACAGACCCGAGUCCCGAGCGGAACAGAGACGGGCAGAAACGCAGAAUAUUACGGGAAGGUUAUUGAUCCUUAUUUGGCCACGGACGUGUUGCUAACAUGGGUACGCCAGGAUCCGGACGAAAACGGGCCCAAAUAAAAGAUCGUUUCUCAGCGGAGGAUGAAACUUUGAGCAGUAUUGCCAGAGAGGCGGAGGCCAGACUUGCUGCGAAGAGAGCUGCUCGUGCGGAGGCUCGGGACAUCCGGAUGAGAGAACUUGAGCGGCAACAGAAGGAGUUGUCUUACUAUCAGCACUCCUCCUCUAGCAGGAAAUGGGGGCAAAUCCACCAAUGGAUGGCUGAUACAGAAAAGGCCCGUCAUGGUCAUCAUUCCAGUAGCCACAGUCGACGGGGAUUGAAUGAUGACACAGCGUCGGUCCGCAGUGUUGGAAGUUACAGGUCAAAUUCGACCUCUCUAAGAGAUUCGAGCAGUUCCCAUUGCUCGGGUCGGGUUAGUUCUUCCAGGAGAAGAGACUUGGUGUCUGGUGUCUCCAGUAGUUCGUCUUUGAAGAGCUCCUACUCCACUAGCUCUGUAUAUAAUGAUCUACACAAAAAACCUGCUGGCAGCAGCUCCAAAAAGGACCUGCUGACUGGAUUGUAUCAUGACCAAAGGAACUACACCAGCCUAAAGACCCCCAAACCUCCUCCCUCUACUGUCUCUACCUAUACACCACGGGCUCCAUCCAGCAGGAGUUCUGCAGGUCUAACGCGCAGCUAUAGUGUGGCUUCCAUUUGUGAUGAUGGUCUGUAUGGUUCAUAUAGUUCUAGAGCUCCCUCUGAAUGCAGCUGGUAUUCUUCUGGUGCAAGUUCCACCCGCAGCAGCCCUGUGUCAUCAGAUGACGAUUCUUCCAGCACUGUGUCCCAAAGUCGACGUGGGAGAAGGGAUAGUGUGUCAUCUGAUUUCUCUGAGAUCUCUGAGACAGCUGCUGAUUAUUUCAGCCGCUCUAAUCGCAGAGGCAGCAUUGUCUCUGAUCUCGAUGAUCUGAGCAUCCCAGACUUGGACAGUCUGGAUGAAAAAUGCGAAAAGCAGUUUUCAGACCCCUUUAGUCGGCCAUCCUCUCGAUGUGCCACCCCAGCACUGUCUGCAGCAGCCCUGGCAUCUCUAGGGGGCAGUUCUUCUAGGAGGGGUAGUGGAGACGCUGGCAGCAUCAUUAUGGAUGCAGAUGCUUCUCUCUGUGAAUUAAGGGAUAUCUAUGAUCUAAAGGACCAGAUUCAGGAUGUAGAGGGCCGAUACAUGCAGGGUCUUAAAGAGCUGAAGGAAUCUUUAUCAGAAGUGGAGGAGAAGUACAAGAAGGCCAUGGUCUCUAAUGCCCAACUGGACAAUGACAAGGGGAACCUCAUCUACCAGGUGGACACACUCAAAGAUGUCAUAGAGGAGAUGGAGGAGCAAAUGUCAGAGCUACGCAGGGAAACAGAGGAGAAAUCAAAGGAACUAGAGAGGCAGAAGCACACAUGUUCAGUCCUACAGCACAAACAAGAGGAGCUGAAGGAGGGCAUCCGCCAGCGAGAUGACCUCAUUGAGGAGAACCAGAAAAUUCAGCAAAAACUAGAUACCCUCACAAGGGAGGCGUUUGACCUGCAGGAAACUGUUAACUGGAAGGACAGAAAGAUUGCGGCGUUAGAGAGACAGAAAGAAUACUUUGAUUGCAUUAGGAAUGAGAGAGAUGAGCUCAGGGAUGAGCUGGCUGACCUCAAGGGGAAAAGCCGAAUGGGAGAGAAACAUGGGCUGGUCAUCAUACCCGAAGACACACCCAAUGGAGAUGUCAAUCAUGAAUCCCUCACCUCAGGCAUCACCGUGGUAACACAGGAGGCAGCACAGGUGUUGGAGUCAGCAGGAGACGGACCUUUGGAUGUAAGACUACGAAAGCUUGCUGAUGAAAAGGAUGAACUUUUGGUCCAGAUCAGAAAACUGAAGAUGCAGUUGGAAGAAGAGAGACAGAAACACUCAAAGAUUGACGGCGUUUACACAGAGGGAGAACGAAUGGAGAAUGGCACUGAUCUACAUUUCAUCGAGAUGCAGAGGGACUCCAAUAGGCAAAUAAGUGAAUAUAAAUUUAAGCUCUCAAAGGCUGAACAGGAAAUGGCAACAAUGGAACAAAAUAUAAACAGACUUGAAGGACAGGUGUCCAGAUAUAAAGCUGCAUCAGAUAAUGCUGAAAAAAUAGAAGAUGAACUGAAAGUAGAGAAAAGAAAACUUCAGAGGGAGCUUCGUACAGCAUUGGACAAGAUAGAAGAAAUGGAAAUGACCAACAACCAUCUUGUAAAGCGUCUGGAAAAGAUGAAAGCAAACAGAAAUGCUCUUCUGUCCCAACAGUAAAGAGACUCGACUUCCAGCACUGCUCUCCAACACCUUACCAUAGGAAACCAAAAAGAAAUGUGCAGGCCUGCCCUUAACCUCAUCUCUUAGCCUCUUAUGGUAAAAAUAUUGAUAAUAUUGACCUACUAAGGUGAUAUGAUCAGGGAGGGAGCCUCUAAACCAUUGUGGUUAACAUAUUUUUUCUUUUCUCAACCUGAGGACAUUGUACUUUGGUUUUGUUGUUUUUGAAAGCUUUGUACAUCAUGUUUGCCAUUUAAGGUUUCAUUGCUCAGACUGGGUGCUUUUUUAUAAGUUGCACAAGUAUGGAAGCGCUUUUUAAAAUGUAAAUUCACACUGUUUCAGUGCCCUCAGCAUAAAGGCUUACACAGCAAUGUGCCUUCAAAGGGAGAAAUGAGGGUUAAAUGCAUUAUAACACUAUAGAGGGAAAAAAUAUCUCUACCGGUACAAAAUAGUAAUGUGUUUAAUAAAGGGUACAGCCAUGAGUUGAAAAUAUAUAAAAAUCCAUCAUGUCUGCUACGGUUUCAAAUGUUUGUGUUUUUUUCCUUUUUGUUCCAAAUAUUUAAAAAAUUCUUUAAAAUAAAUGUGUAAAUGAAAAUGCAGUAUGAACUGGUGGGUGAUUCAUGAAUUAUGACUGCAGGGCACAUUGAAUUUUGUUAGGAUUAAAGUGCUUUGUCACAAUUGACUAUAUCAUUUUUACACUAAAUGCGAAGAUUUUAGUAAAUCUCAGCAAGAGGCCUACAUUUGUUUUGUUAGAUUUCAGAUUUGUCCCAAAUGCCACUUGAUGCCUUUCACAAUGCUAAUGUAUUCAGGUUUGGUGCAGCAUUUUAAUCACACUAGAAACUGUCUGACACUUCAAACGCACAGUAAUUGUGACUAAAGCAACUGCAAAAGUAUACUGUAAAUAAACUACACAAUUUACAAUGUUAA